GUCAUGGCGCUGGCCGCGCGACUCUGGCGCUUUCUCCCUUUGGCACACGGUACUGUCCGGAAACCUUGGCUGUUAACGCGUGUUGCUGGCAGCUGGGGACGGUGCUGUACUUGGCGACUCCGCGGCUCUGAGUUGAUCCCAUGACCUGGAGCACAGCAGAGGGAGAGCACGAUGAUUGCACCUUUCCUCCGAGGACUCUGGAGGAAAUUGUUGAAGACCUGUAGAUAUGUAUUAAAUUAGAUGCUUGUCCUUCAGGCUGAAGUUUUAAGAUACACAAAUGAGCAGAGAGCUGCUUCACAUUAACCAAACUAGUAAAAGAGUACAACUGGUAAACUGUCACUUCAUUAAUUUACGGUGAUGGGAAACCUAGGAGCUUUCAAAAGAAGCCUUUUAUUCUCAGCCUUAUCUUAUUUGGGUUUUGAAGCAUAUCAAGUAUUUUCCCAGGCUGCUGUGGUUCAUGCCAUAGCCAAAGUCUUCAGAGUUGAAGAAAUUCUUGAACAAGCAGACUACCUAUAUGAGAGUGGAGAAACAGAAAAACUUUAUCAGUUGCUGACUCAAUACAAGGAAAGUGAAGACGCAGAGUUACUGUGGCGUUUGGCACGGGCAUCACGUGAUAUAGCUCAGCUUAGUGGAACCUCAGAAGAGGAGAAAAAGCUCUUGGUCUAUGAAGCCCUAGAGUAUGCAAAAAGAGCACUAGAAAAAAAUGAACACAGUUUUGCAGCUCAUAAGUGGUAUGCAAUCUGUAUUAGUGAUGUUGGAGAUUAUGAAGGCAUCAAGGCUAAAAUUGCAAAUGCUUACAUUAUCAAGGAGCAUUUUGAGAAAGCAAUUGAACUGAACCCAAAAGAUGCUACCUCCAUUCACCUUAUGGGUAUUUGGUGUUAUACAUUUGCUGAAAUGCCUUGGUAUCAAAGAAGAAUUGCUAAAAUGCUGUUUGCAACUCCUCCUAGUUCCACCUAUGAGGAGGCCUUAGGCUACUUUCACAGGGCAGAGCAAGUGGAUCCAAACUUCUACAGCAAAAACUUGCUUCUUUUAGGAAAGACCUAUUUGAAGUUACACAACAAAAAGCUUGCUGCCUUCUGGCUAAUGAAAGCCAAGGACUAUCCAGCACACACAGAGGAGGAUAAACAGAUACAGACAGAAGCUGCUCAGUUGCUUACAGGUUUCAGUGACCAGAAAUGAGAAUUUGUCGGAGAAGAAAGUACAUGAAGUAUCUAAGAAACACUGCCUUUUCACCACAUUACAAAGAUAAUACAUAAAUAACAUAUAAACCAUAAAUGUGUUCUAUGGCUGUUUUCUCAGUUUCUUUCAUGUAACCAUUUAACAAAUUUAAAUAUACAAAAUCCUGAGUUUCUUCACAGGUAACAAGGCAAAAGAAAUAAUUGCCAUAAGAGUGGUAAGGACAUCUCCCUGGCUCAGAGGCAGAGAUAUUGUGCACUUAGGACACCAACAAUACAAAGUGGUAUAUAAGACUUCUAAGGGAGGAUGGAUCACAUCAGAAUGGGACAUCAAUAAAAGAAAGUUUUGUUUAAGAGGUGGCAUUGGGGGAAUGCAUUGUCAAGUUGGACUGAUGCAAAGUUGAGAUCUUGCAGAGAAGGUGCAGUGAAAAUUAGGAGGUUAGGAUUUUGAGGGUUCUUGGUAUAAAGUAGUUAAAUGAUGGAUCUUGGAACCAACCUGCAUAAGGAAAAAACUCAAGUCAGGAGAGGACGGAAAAUGGGAGUGGUUUCUUCUUUUAAUGUGACAUAGACCCUCAAGUGGAGGACUGAUUUUUGUCACUAGACAAAACCCAAAUUCUAUUUUCUAAUGUGAAAGGAACGCAGAACUCAAGGGUGAAAUAGAAAUGAAGAUGUUUUAAAUAGGACAGUACUACUUGAGGCUGGGAUGCCCCCACUGCAGAACUGUUUUAUAAAAAGGAUAAUCUUGAAUGUAACUUAGAUAAACCAAAGUAUGUGUAGAGGUGGGUUUUCCCCCAAAGGAUCUGGGAAUUGUAUUGUUAAAGUAAACUCUAUUGGUAGGGGCUGUUUCUGUGUUAUCCUCGAUAAAACCAGGAUGUGUGUGUAUGUUCGAACUUGAAAA